GUUUGUAAGAUAACAAGAGACGGAGGUCCUGGCCGAAACAAAACUGCCACCAUCUGAAGAUCAUGACCAUGAAACUGCUUCUAGAAAGCAGUGAAGAUAACCUUUCGAUUGAAUAUCAGAUCAUCGCUGGCCAGAAUCGCUAGCUAGAAAAAAAGACUUUUCAAUCAAUAAGAGCAACACAACAAGAGCGGGACAGGGCCAACUUUCGUCACACCCAAUAGCCACAUAAUUCUUUAUUGCACUCGCCGACCUGAGAGAUUUCACACCAUACCUACUUACUGUAUAGUAAAAAUGGAAAAGGCAGCAGUGUCAGCCGAGGGCCUUCUCAUCCCACUCAUCGACUUUUCAAAAUUUCUAAAUGGCGAUGAAGCACAAAGACAGGAAACCGCCAAGGCCAUUCUUCAUGGGUUCCAGACAGCUGGGUUCAUUUAUUUGCAGAACCUACCCAUAGAGCCUGAAGUCUUGUCCCAUGUUUUCUCCACGUCGGCCAAGUUCUUCACCGUGCCGCUCGAGACAAAGAUGGAUCUUGCUUGGACGACUCCGGCCAGCAACCGAGGAUACUCGGCACCCGGCCGUGAGAAGGUGACCCAGUUGGCCGACAUUGAAGAGGUCAAAAAGCUCAAGGACGGGAAUCCUGACAUCAAAGAGAGCUUUGAAAUCGGCCGCGAAGGAGUCCCCGAAUUUCCAAACCAGUGGCCCAAGGACGACACUGAGGCGACAGCCGAGUUCAAGCCUACGAUGCUCGACUUUUUCGACCGAUGCAAGUCCAUCCACGUCGAGGUUAUGCGGGCCAUCGCUGUGGGUAUGGGACUCGAGGACGCGGCCUAUUUCGACCGCUUUGUCGACGUGGGUGACAACACCCUUCGACUGCUGCACUAUCCGGCAGUCGACCGUAAUGUGUUCAAGAUCAACCCGGGGCAGGUCCGCGCCGGCGAACACUCUGAUUAUGGAUCCAUUACCCUCCUAUUCCAGGACGCCAGGGGUGGUUUGCAAGUGAAGGGGCCAAACGGUGUCUUUGUGGACGCGACCCCGAUCCCCGGCACCUGCGUUGUCAAUGCCGGUGACCUGCUUGCACGCUGGAGCAAUGACACCAUCAAGAGCACCAUCCACCGUGUAGUCGAGCCGCCUUCAGCCGAAGGUGAUGUAUACCCGCCUCGGUACAGCAUUGCCUAUUUCUGCAACCCCAACAGCGACGCGUACAUUGAGACCAUCCCGGGAACGUAUCAAACGGAAGCGGAUAAGAAGUAUGAGGGUAUUCACAGUGGUAAAUACCUUGAGCAACGGCUGGCAGCAACCUACUGAGCCGACAGGCAGGUAAUACAUAUAUAAGUUGACUUGCUACUGUACACCUCGUCGCUUCAGCAAAGCGCAUGAUAAAAUUAAAGAACAUUCGAUGGAAGAAAAUAAGAAACAUGCUUGCUCAUCUAUCAAAACAGACGGAUGGUUUGAAAGUACUUGAGCAGUCCCUAAAGGGUCCACACGUAACUGGAUGGAUGUAAGGUGCACGAAGAGGACGUAUCAGAGAAGCAUUUGUAGCGAGCUCCGCUCACGCUUUUGAUGCGAUAGUAGGGAUAUAAAGCUUCUGAGGAGGUCUGGUCGAGCCAC